AAGCCCCACAGAGAGGCCGGGGAGGCAAGGCCGAGUGACCCAGAGGCUCCAAGAGAAGAAACUGGCAAAGAACUUGCUGGAGUGAAACGAAACUGGCAUUGGCCAAGGCCUACUCGGCCUGCAGCCCCAGUGUCGCCACCGCCGCCACCAUGGCCCCACAGCAGCUCUUCCGCGCGCUCGUGUCGGCGCAGUGGGUGGCCAAGGCACUGCGGGCCCCGAGCGCGGGGCAGCCCCUGCAGCUGCUCGAUGCCUCCUGGUACUUGCCCAAGCUGGAACGCGACGCGCGCCGCGAGUUCGAGGAGCGCCACAUCCCCGGCGCCGCCUUCUUUGACAUCGACCAGUGCAGCGACCGCACGUCGCCCUACGACCACAUGCUGCCCAGCGCCGCGCAGUUCGCCGAGUACGCGGGCCGCCUGGGCGUGGGCGCCGCCACCCACGUCGUGGUCUACGACGCCAGCGACCAGGGCCUCUACGCGGCGCCGCGCGUCUGGUGGAUGUUCCGCGCCUUCGGCCACCGGGCGGUGUCGCUGCUCGACGGCGGCCUCCGCCACUGGCUGCGCCUGGGCCUCCCGCUGAGCUCGGGCAAAAGCCGCCCGGAGCCCGCGGAGUUGCGCGCCGCGCUCGACCCCACCUUCAUCAAGACCUACGAGGACAUCAAGGAGAACCUCGAAUCCCGGCGCUUCCAGGUGGUGGACGCCCGCGCCGCCGGCCGGUUCCGGGGCACCGAGCCCGAGCCCCGAGACGGCAUCGAACCCGGCCACAUCCCCGGCACGGUGAACAUCCCCUUCACGGACUUCCUGACCAAGGAGGGCCUGGAGAAGAGCCCUGAGGCGAUCCACCGUCUGUUCCAGGACAAGAAGGUGGACUUGUCCCAGCCGCUGGUGGCCACGUGUGGCUCCGGUGUGACAGCCUGCCAUGUGGCACUGGGGGCCUACCUCUGCGGCAAGCCCGACGUGGCCAUCUACGACGGCUCCUGGGUGGAGUGGUACAUGCGCGCGCAGCCAGAGGAUGUCAUCUCCGAGGGCCGCGGGAAGACCCAUUGAGGCUGGCCGGGACACAGGGAGCUGUGGCAGGCCUGGUGGUUCUGACUCUGCUUUGACCGAGUGUGUGUUUCUUCCUGCGAGUCAGGUGGCACAUAAGAGGACAUCCCAGAGGCCAGGAGUUCCGUUGACUUGUGGGCUCCCAGUGGAGGCCGGAGAGAAGGUGGUGGUGGGCGCAGGGGAAGGCAGCUGCCCCACACGCUGAGCUGGGGCCCUACCUCCCUUCUGUUUCACUGUUGAGGAAAUAAAAUAGCCAAGGGCUAAAUCUUUCUAACUGGGGGGCUGCCUGGUGUUCCUAAGGAGCUGGUGGUUCCAGCAUGCCCAGCAAAGGGAGCUCCGUGGAGCCUGAGGGUCUUGGGGAUCCCGUCCCUGCCUUCUGAGCAGGGCAGGAGCCCCAGAGCCCUUCCAUUCCUGCGACCAGAGUGCCCCCAGCAAGCUGUCCUCUACCCCGUAAUGCUGGAGGUCUCGCUUCUGGCUUCCAGGCUAUUUAAGAUGAAUCUUGCUGUGGUAUGUCUAGAGUGCGACCCAAAGACCCACCCAGGUCAAUGCACACCAGUGCAUCUCAUGUCAAGACAGUCUACCGGCCUAAACCAGUAGGAGGCUAUACCACAUGAGGAGGCCUGUCCCAGCCCAGCCAGGAUGUUCAAGAGAGGGGUUAAGUUCAGCCAGAUUGGACUUCAGCCACUCUGG